AGGCCAGGCCAAAGCCAAGCCAAACCAAACCCAACCGAAAGCAGUCGCCGCCGCUCGCCGGAGAAGGAACAACCGACGGCGCACUCGUGCUCCUGCUUCCCAGAGCGCCCCCAAGACCUUACCACAAGGCCACGUGCCCCCUUGGCUCCCUCCGCCCGCCCGCCCGCCCAUGCGAAGCUCGCGCCUUCCCCCGACCCCUCGCCCGCGGGCAUGAUCCGCGGCGAUGGAGGACCCGGCGCCGUCGUCCGCCGCACCUGACCCUCCCCUUUCGCCUUCCCCGCACCCGCAGCCGCCGGUGGAGGAGGGGGACGGCUGGGUGGUCGUGCCGGCCAGCGAGGUCGAGGGGGUCCACGCGCCCAAGGUCAUCCACUGGGACGACCUGCAGCAGGAGCUCGCCCGCCUCUGGAGCCUCUCCGCCGCGCUCCAGCCCGCUGGGGACCGCAAGGCGCACCUCGCCGCGCGCCUCGAGUCCACGCUACAGGUUCGCCAGGAGUUUCUCGAGCAGGACAAUGAGUUGGCUGAAAUGAGGCGGAGACUGCAAGAGCAUACUGAUCGUCUUGGGGAUCUGAAGAUGCGCACGAAGAAAUUGUCGGAGGAUGUUGUGGAUCAAAGGGAACAGCUUUGUGUCAAGAUCAGAACGUUGUCAGUGGCAAGCAAGGCUCUUGAUGCUGCGUGCAGUAAUCUGAAGGAAGCUAAUAAGUUGCUGUCAGGGGAAAAUGGUUGUGGGCGCCUUAAAAAUCUGGAACAGAAGUUACGGAUGAGACAGCAAUAUAUGAUAGCUCAAGUUGCUCAGAUAUAUCCUGUGAGGCCUUUGGAUGAACAAUCUUCAGAUCACAAGCCUGGAUUUACCUCCAACAUAACCAAAACAAGAAAUGCUGAACCAGUGUUGCCAAAUGGCUCCCAAAACAGACCUUUGGUUAUAUUGGGUCUACAAUUAUCAAAGCUUUCUGUGAAAAAGACUGGCUACUUCAGUGACAAGACAGAGGUUCAGAAAUCUUCGACUGUUCUGGGAUAUGCUGCUCAUGCAGUCUCCCUCAUUGCAUCGUAUCUCAAUGUUCCUCUUCGAUAUCCUUUGCGCUUUGGAGGUUCACGGUCAUAUGUUCUUGAUCCUGCGCCUUCAGUUGAGCCAUCAUCUAUGAUCUCAGUAGCAAGUUCUGUCCCUACUGGCACAAGCAUGAGGACAAUGGAAUUCCCUCUGUUUCUUGACAGCCAGGAGACAACAAGAUCAGCAUAUGCAAUAUUCUUGUUGAACAAGGAUAUCGAGCAACUUCUGAAUUACAUUGGCGCUGAGAGCCUCGGGCCAAGACAUGUCUUAGCAAACCUGAGGCAGCUGACAAGGAUCAUCCAGUCACAAGAAUACAUUUCUGUUGAUUAGUUUGACCCAGAUACAGUUUUUGGAGCUAUGAGUUAGUCCAGAAGAUGUAUUGGUGCUGCUUUUAACAGGCACCUUUUUUUUAACCCCCCCUUUUGACACAGAAGAGUUGGUCGCUGUUAUAUGAGUAAAUCGAGUCAUUUCCAGGUGUACAGGAAGACGAGAUACUACUGUGCUACUAUGCAGCAACUAGAGGUGCUUGUUCAUGCCAAAGUUACUGUUGUUUUAGCGUGUUUCUUGACGUUGAUAGUGUACCCUUGGUUCAACUGCACAUGUCUGAAGCAGGAUCGAGCAAUGUUUUUUGUACCUUCAACUGCAUGAUCUAGUUAAAUGAUGAGGUGAUCAGUUUAGUCCUCAAUUUUUCUUCCCUGUGAUAAACUUUGUUUAUAUCAAGAAACACUUAUGGAGAAUGCAAUGCAACGACUGAUGAAAUUGGGUCCCUUGCUGCGCAA